UUCCCACUCAAAAGUGAAAAUCCUAGAAAAAUUUCCAUACGCUAGUGAAUCAGCGAUUCAUCUUUUUCUUUUAAGGAUUCAAAAUCUUAAAAAUAAACCAAACGGUGAGCCGAAGAAAACCUUACUUUGAGAAAAAAAAAUGAAAACAAAAUCUCGUGCCGUUAAGGGCAGAGCUAUCGAUCCCAUACCUCCUUCAAACUUCCCACUCCUCUAUCAGGAUGAAGAAUGUCGUAUAAAUGGCAAUGAUUCCGGAGUAUCAGAGGAUGCCGGUUUUAAUCAAGAUAAAGUUAAUAAUGAUGAUGAUGUUGGUGGUAAGGACGAUGAAUUUGAUGAUGAAGAUGAGGAGGAGGCUGAUGGUGAUGGUGAUGGCAGUGGCGGAGGCAUUUCUGGCCAUUAUGAUAAUGAUGUGAUUCCUGAUGAUGUUGAUAAGGGGGAUGAGGAUGAAGCUAAUGAAGAAUAUCAUAUAGAUGGCAAUGAUAACGGAUUAUCAGAGGAUGCUGGUUUUAAUCAAGAUAAUGUUAAUAAUAAUGAUGAUGUUGGUAAAGACGAUGACUUUGAUGGUGAAGAUGAAGAUGAGGAGGGUGAUGAUGAUGGCACUGCCGGAGGCGUUUCUGGUCAUUAUGAUAAUGAUGUGAUUCCUGAUGAUGUUGAUAUGAAGGAUAAGGAUGAUAAUGUUGUAGUUCAAAAUUUUGUUGAGAAGGUGGAUGAAUCCGCAGGAGUGAACUGUAUGAUAACAGAUUUGUUAGGAGGAGAGUUUGGUUACAGCUGCAAUGGGAGAAGCGGUCAGGUCUUGGUUUGCAGUGAAAAUGGCUGCUCAAUUUCUAUACAUAAGAUGUGCAUGAAUAUUGAACCUCAAUUUGAUGAUACUGGUAAAUUCUACUGUCCUUAUUGUUGGUACAAGCGAGAAGUAGCAAGGACCGAGGAAUUGAGAAAGAGAGCCAUGUUGGCGAAGAGGGAAUUGUCAAAGUUUAUGCAUUUCAAGUGGGAUGGUGGAAAUGAAGAGAAGCUGGAAACUGGAGCAGAAAACAUGAAAGCGGCAAGUCUAUCAACAAUGGCAGAGGAAAAAAAAGCUGGUAAGUGUGGAAAUAGGCUGAACAAUGAUGCUAAUGAAACAAUACUUUAUAAUCAGGAGCAAAACAUGUGCGUUGAGUCUGUAGGCAAGGUAAAUUCUGAUGAUGAAAAUAUCUCCAAAGCUCAUGGGUUUGACAACAAUGUUGUGGAUGGACAUGUGCUACAAGAGGAGGAUGAAGAAAAUACUUCUGAUAGUGAAAAUGAUGGAGGUGUACUGGAAGACAACCAAGGGAAGAGUGGGAAGGAAGAGCCAAUGUUGCCAAACGCAGUGGGAAAUGCUAUGGCACUAAUAACCGAAGAUGCUACACCUAAGGUUCCCACAAUUGAAAGUUUUGAGUUUCUAUUACCUGAUUUGGAUACUGGGACACCUCUAGUGCGUCAAAUGCGCAUCAAACAUACAGCUCAGAGGGCAAGACCUCGGAAAGUUGAUUCACCAAAGAAGUCAUCCUUCCAACCAAGUAUCAGUGCAAAGGAUGAGAAUACAAACCAACAAGGAAAAGCUACAGCAGCAAAAAACUCUGUUCAAUGCCAAGAGUUAACCAAGCGAAUCAGGACCCCAAUAUUGGGUAAUGUAAAACGUAGAAGACUACAUUGGACAGUUGAAGAGGAAGAUAUACUGAAGGAGGGAGUGCAGAGAUUUUCAUUGACAAUGAACAAAAACAUCCCCUGGAGGAAAAUUUUGGAAUUUGGUCAUAAUGUUUUCGGCACAAAUCGUCUGCCUGUUGACCUUAAGGAUAAAUGGAAGAAGAUUAUGGCCAAAGAGGACCCAAAAAGUAACAAGGGGGUACUGAUUGCAUUGAAGAAAUAAGGUGAUGUUUGUAGAUGUUAAUAUGUCCAUUUUGGUGCAACUAUCUCACUAAAACAGAUUGGUGGUUGGUAUGUUGAAAAGUAGAGGUAAUUGUUCUAUAAACUUGAUAACCUCUUUUGCCUUAGGUUAUGGAGAAAGUUGCUACAAUGUUGUAAUAUUUUGAGGAACUUAGUAAAUAUGAAAUUUAGCAUUUCCUAGAA